AUGCCACAUAUCAAGAGAACCCCAGUGGAAUGCACUCCCCUUCCUCCUGCAGAGCUUCUCGCCGACUCAGAUGCACCUGUGUUUUACAUUGACUAUACAGGAGAGGUUUUUUUAAACUACGAUGAUUAUUUUGCCCGUAUUAGUCUCUAUCGCAAAAAAAUUUGGUCAUGCGAAUUCACUGGAAAAAAUAAUCUAACGUUUAGUGAAGCUGUUGACUCGGAACGCAAAUCAAAGCAAAGGGUAGAAGAGCGAUUUCCGCGUGUAUGGAAUCAACCGGCUCUUGCUCUUAUUCAUUUCAAUCAAGCUGCACUUAAUGAGCUCAUUGAUGAGCUAUACGAACUAUUCAAAGCAAAUUUUUUUGUGGGUGAAACUGUUUUCAUCUCCACAACCAUUGAUAAAGCAGUGUCUGAACGUGCCACUAUUAUAAGUGUAUUGCCAGACUUGACACAAUCUUCUCAUACAAAGCCCAAUGUAGAGGAAUAUGACAAGCCUAUUGUUUUGAAAAAAGAAUCAUUUGCCGACACAGACUCGAUAGCUACAUCUACUGCAAUAUCCGCUACUACAGAAUCUCCUAUUCCAACUCAAGAAAGUGAUGCGGCCGAUCUUGCUUACCGUUCCCAAUUCAAAGACCCUAGAACUGGAGUAAUCCCUGAUAUAGUCGACAUUGUUCCUGGAGAAAAAGCUUACUAUCUUCUUGUUUCUAGCACACCCCAAAAAACUGCUGCAGUCUCAGUAUCUCAUUUCCGACGCGAUCGAUUAGCAUUGUCAAAACAAACCUUUAAAAAAUAUAUUCGGGAGGUUGCCAUUAAAGAUAAAUGGAUUGGAGCACCUUGGGUUGUUCGUCCAGAACUUGUUCAAAAGUUUAAACUUCGCACCACUCCGCCUAAAGAAUUGCAACACGCUCUAGAUAGACGUAAUACCAAAGGCGACUCCAAAGUAGUGUACAUGGGCAAGCAAGAUCUCAAGCAUAAAUCUCUGCGAGAAGUAGCAGUUUCACUCCCUAUUGAUGAUUUGGAGCUUUAUCGCUAUCGACUAUUCCGCCAGCCUGCAGAAGACAAUACUAAACUUCCAGUACGUCCUGCUCCGUCGUAUGAUUUUGGCACUAUUCCGAGUUCUCAUGUGCUACAACUUAUUACUGUGUGGAACUUUACUUCUGCCUAUGGUCCCUAUCUGCAUCUCUAUCCAUUCACAUUUGAUGCAUUUCUUCAAGCCAUCUCGACCACCAAUACACAGAAUACUCCUCCACUUCUCGAAGAACUUUUUUCCAGCUUAAUCCAUCUUGUUUGUGAAGAAUGGUGCAAAGGAAUAGACCCAAACACUGGAAUCCACCCUGCAGUAAAACCAUUUCCUGUACUUUCAGAAGAGUUCAUGACGCCCAAUGCAGCGGUUUCACUAUCUUCAACAAAUGCGCUCAUGACGUCUACCAUCAUUGCAUAUCAGGCUUUAAAUCCUGACGAACGUAUUGCAAUCGACCAGUGGUUUAAAUGGCAGCCUGGAAAUUGGUCUACAUCUAUCCCUACAAAACGACAACGCACAACUCCUGUUAGAUCUGCACAUACGCCUUCAUAUUCAUCAUCUGCAGAAAAAUCUACAGACCGCCUUAAAGCAUGGGAGGUAGCGCUAGCCGGUAUUAUCAAGGAUUGCAUGCACUCUGACACCGAGGAAAUAGAAGCCCUCAAAUGGCGCACACUUUCGUUGCUUUUGACAACUAAACCCUCAACAUCCAAGUUAGAUCGCAGUGAUGUUGGUAUCAAUGGCCAUAGCUUGUCUGAUCCACUAGGAGAUGUAGCUGAUUCUGUUGUAACAGACCCCAAUGAUGUUGCAAAUGAUAAUACGAGUGUCGUGGAAUCUACCGAUGACGUAAAGCAGAAUGGUGCUAGCUCGGUUGAAACCAACGGCAAUCUGGAAGAUGUCGAAGACGAUACAUUAGAUGAUACGCUAGAUGAUAUUGUAUCGUACCCCGAUAUGGAAUCCCUUAAUGAUACAUAUGUAGAUGAAGGCGGCUCAGGCGAUGAUAUUAGUCAUAGAGUACGCAAUGGUGGUUCAUCUGACUAUCGCAAACAUCGUAAGAUUUAUGAAUCUGACGAAGAGGAUUGGACACCAGAUGGCCGACCUGUAUCUGCAACACGAAAGGGACGACAUACUAGGCAAACAAAGUCCAAAAAAGUCCAUGCAGAACGCUCCUCGCCAUCAAGAUUGGCUGCUUCCGGUCGACAUCCUCGUACAAGUAGCGGACUACAUCACUCUCCAUCCAGUGUAUCUACUCCACCAAAACCAACAACCAAUGGCUCAGCAAAAAAAUCAAAAAAUAAGCGAAAGAAUAAGGCAUCGAGCGUUGUUGAAACCGACACUACAGCUUUUGAAGAGCUGUGUUGUGCAAGCCGUUGUGGUUUUGGUACACUUUCUGCUGCUGAUAAGAUUGCGAUUUUGGCAUAUUUGAUUGACGUUUGUCUCGUGGACUGCGAGCUUCUUAGGCAGUGUCGCGACAAGGCGAUUGAUGAGGCGAUUGAACUGCGCAAGGAAAAGCGUGAUAUUGUCCGUGAUCGAAAGGCAGUUGCGCAAAGUAUAUUAGAACUCGGCUUUUUGGCUGGUGAAACCUCGGUUGCGUUGACGUCUGAAUCAACAGCCAAACUGGACGAUGCAGAUGAUCUUGAAUCAGAACAUAGUGGCUCAGACACCGAAAAGUCAUCAAGACAGCUUUCUCGUGUCCAAAAGCUUCGUGCCGAGCAGCUCAGGCGUGAUAAUGAAGAAAAACGACGUCAAGACGAAAUCCAGCGCCAAAAAGAGCAAUCCAAAGAACUCAAAGCCAAACAAGAUGGGCGUCGCAAGCUGGAAGACAAGGACCGCCAACUUCAUUGUCGCCAGCGAAUCAUUGAUCAUUUGCUGCGCAUUCAGUAUGCCAUUGUAAGAAUCAAACCCUUGGGACGCGAUCGAUAUCAUAAUCGGUAUUGGUGGUUUGAUGGCGGAUAUGGAGCGUACCCGUUUUUUACUGUGACUCAAGGAGUAGAAACUUCCAAGGGCUCUGCUGAUAGUGAAGCGGGUGUUUUGGAUUUUGCUUCUGGAUGUCUUUUUGUAGAAGAGUUUGGUGUGGAAAAUAUGAUUGAUGAUAAAUGGAUCAAACACUGGAACGAAACCAGGGCCGAAAGCGAAGAUCUUAAAAGUGCACGGCCGAGUGAAGGCGGUGUGAUGCUGGAUGCAAGGCUUGGUCUGUUGAAUGGCAAAUGGGGAUACUAUUCCACUCCAGAACAGAUUGAUCAAUUACUGGCAUGGCUUGACCCACGUGGCAUUCGAGAGCUCCACCUUUCUUCAAAUAUUAGCCAUCUUAGCGAUUUUAUUACAGAAAGUAUGCUUAAACGAUCAGAGACACUCGCAACAGCAAUAUCGCUGGAAGUCAAUGGCUCUGGCAGACAUAUGCGGCCCGAGUAUGAAAAUAUAUGGGCACAAGAAUAAGUUGAAUGAAUAAGCAGAAUUUAUAC